AUAUCGUAAUCGAAGAUGGGCGAAUGAAAACCGAUCGGCGGGCUCGUGCUGGGCUUGUCCAAACAUUAGGGUUACCUAUGGCGUUUUUAUGGCGUAGUUGCUGUAGCUUACUGCUUUUUUUUUUUUUUUUGCCGUUGGCCAUUUGCCGUACGCUUUUGGCCGGCUCAAAUGCCUUACUGCCUUGGCUCGUAGGCAAAUUAAAAAUGCACAACGCAAUGCGAUGAUGGCCUAACGGUAAUUAAUGCAAUUGGUCAAUACAACAAACAUCAGAAACCUAAGCCAGCAACAACAACAAAAAUAAAAAACAAACAAUGAAUUUAAACGGAAAAACAGAAACCCAAAAGUCGGCGUUAGUGCGUCUCAUUGGUGACCUCAAUGCGGUGGACUCGACUCCGCGUUUAGCGCACGUGUUGAGAAUGAGCGACAGGAAAAUAGCCACAAAUCAUAGAAGCCGACGGUCCAAGUUAAGCGGAAGUCGACUUGCUCGAUGGGCCAGGGCCAGUUCUCCACGGUGCUCCUCGAUCUUAGCAGCUCUUUUUUGGAGGUGUCGCGGAAAUCUCUUUAAGAAACUGUAUGAUCGAGUGAUCGACGGCUUUUGCCGAACCGACAGUUCGGAUGCUGCAAGGGCUGCCCAUAAAUAUUCAUCGCCUUUUGCACAAUCUCGACUCUGCCUCCGCAUCUACCUCUACUAUACCUCUACAUAUUGUCAACGAUCGACGCCAUUUUUUGCCGACUAUGUAUAGAUUGCAAUCGCAUAACAAAUCUUGCCGCUGUUGCAGCCCGAUUUAUGCAACAAAAGCCGUUAAAUUGUACAAGUCUCGCUGGUGUCUCAGUGCCAUUUGUUGCAGCUUUAUUGAGCUGCAUUUUCUUUUGUGCACACACUCGGCCCCAAAGUAUUGUUAUUUAUGACCAACAAAGGGCCACUGUGUCUGCGACACAAAAACGAGCCCAGAAAUCAGAAAUCGGUGUACGAGUAUAUAGAA